AUGACUAUGGAAUUCUGGAUAGACAUAUGUCAGGUUGAUGUUGACAUGGAAUUCUGGGACAAUGACUGGGGAGCUCUGAAGGUUCAACAGAAUUUUGGUGUUGGCAUCCCUAUUUCGGCCUCAGGGAGUAUACCACUUCCCUACACCUCCCAGGGUCUUCAAAUGCUGACUGUCCUCAGUCAGAGAUUCUUGCUUCCUUUCCCAACUACCAUGCAAGCUUACUCUGUCAACAACAUGCACCCUGUGUUCAGCAUGAGGGACCAGGCAACCAUGGCACUCGCUGCAGCUCUAGGGCAUGUCUGGGACCUGAUCAAGGUGGCACCAUGGCCAGAGGAGAGUUUGGAGACCAUCUAUGCAUGGGUGGAGGACUGGGACAAGACAUGGGUUCACAACAAGUGCAUGCAUGACUACACCAAGGAAUCUGCAAUGUGCCAAAACCUUCUAGUCCCAGGUGCCAUCACCAUCACUGACCUCCAGUGCCCAGUGGAGCAGAGUUGGAUCCACAUUGACAACAUCUUUGAAGACUACCAGGAGAGGGUAGAGUUGAGGGUGCAGCUCGAGGCAGAGAGGUUGACAAGAGAACCUUCUAUGUGCACAUGCAGACAGGCAGCAAUGGCAAUAGGUGAAGGUCAAAGCUGCAUGCCCAGUGACACUGGAGCAGGGGAGUCUUCAAGGGGGACUGGAGGACAAGUGAGGCCACAGACAGAUAGUACAGGCAAGGGGAAGAGUAAGGAAAAGGCCACAGAUGAAGUCAAUGAGCUGGAGAAUGAUGAAGGUGACUGCCCACCUAACCCAGACCCAUUGAAAACUGGCACUCCAGCACCUGAAGCCAACCUUCCAUGCAGGGAGUACACAAAGGUAGAUGCAGAGUGCAAAGGGCCACCUGGGGAGUCAUGUGAGCAAUGCAGGCAGGCCAAGUGGAAGUGCAGCUGGUUACUCAGAGUGGGUAGGAAGCACAAGAACACUGGUAGUGGAGAGACAGCUGCUGGGUUGUCGCACAAAUGGACCAAGUCAGUAACAGUGAUGGUGAUGACUGAAACUCCAGCAAUGACUGGGCUGAAACUUCGAAUCCCUGCUCACAAACCACCCCCUAGGCAAAACUCCAAACCAACUCCCAGGCACCCAACACCUCAUGCUAGUCCCCCUUUGACCUCAAACUUGCCUCCUCCCACACCUUGA